AUGGCAAUCAGAAGCAUUCUAGAGAGAAUGAGGAAAGAAAUAGUUUCUGAUUAUGUUGAUCACUUAGGAUGGUGGGAUUGGGCUCGGCUGGAAGAUUUCUUACCUGCUUCUGCUCUUCUCUCUAUCUUGAAUCAUCCUCCUCCAGCUCCUGACUUGGAUCAAGAUAGCAUAAUCUGGAAAUUUACAAGUUCCGAACAAUAUACGGUCAAAUCUGUCUAUAAGAGGCAAGUGGUUGUACGACUUUACCACUGGGUUGGUAGAGCGUGUAUCUUAAGUGCUGAGCUAAAAGCUAUCUUGUAUGGGGUUAGGGUUGCAAAACAAUGUGGAUUUAGAAAGGUGAUAGUUGAAAGUGACAAUUUAGAAGCUAUACAUAUGCUAAAUGUAGUAUCGGAGGUGCACCGUAACUACAACAGUAUUAUUUGUGCUAUACGAGAUUUGCUUGAGUCUGGUGAUAAUUUUUCAUUUAUUCAUGGUACUCGAGAGUCUAACCAAUGUGCUGACAAACUAGCCAAGAUAGACGCUGCCUCAGGAGGUCCGUUUCAACUGUUAGAGGAACCACCUAGUGAGCUAUUUCAUCUAAUUGACAAAGACUGUUCUACCCUUUCUAAUGGUCCGUAA